AAAAAGAAAGCGCGGAGGUGGAAAGCGCACGGGAAAGCACGCACGGUCGCAGAAGUGAGAAGAAUCGUGUUCGCGUCCACCGGUAUAAGGAAGGACGUUCAAAGUGCAUCUUCACCGUGCAGGACAUCAGCGGCCUCGACGUCGAGGACGAAAACGUUGGCGGAGCAGGUGGUGGAAAGCAGGACGGCGAGGUAGUAGGAGUGGGCGGGAAGCGGCUGGUUGUGGUGGCGGCGGUGGCAGCAGCAGCAAGCGGAACACGUACGAGGCGGAGGUGCAAGGUGGCGUCGGGGAAACGGGCAGCGAACCAAACUAUGCUCAAGUAUCUAACGCACAAGCUCCGUACACAAUCAAUCAACGAUGAGAAUCAUGUCAAUGAGAAGAUUGACGGUCACGACUCGGGCACCGAGUCCGACGGUGACCUGGAGCAGGAAGACGACCUGAUACAGGAGCACGAGAUGGAGCUAAGUUUAAGUUCCCGGCAGGACACCGUUUCACCGUCCGAUACGGCCUGCUCCUCUGAGUCGCCUGCGUUUCUCGGUCCGUCCUCCUCGCACUUGCUGUUGUACGAUCAGAACAGCUCCGAGGAGGAGCUGGAGGUGAUAAAUGGCGGUGCGGGCGAUGUGGGUAGCUGUGCCAUCGAGGUGGGGAGUGUCAGUGGUGUGCCUAGCCGGCUGAGUGGGGGUAUCGCCAGUAUAUUACCCAUCAUGAACCCUCACGCGGUUGAUGACGAUGAGGAGGACGAGGAGGAGGAGGAGGAAGAGGAGGAAGACGAUGCCACCGAAGAUAUUGUGGAGGAUGACGUGGACGAGGAUCGGGACUAUGUGUCACCAGGGACGGCCACAACACCGACAGCGAUGGGAUCAACGGCAGCGACAAUCAUCGAAAGUGUGACGGGUGGUGGAAGUGGAAGAGGAGCCGGUGCCAUGGAUACGAGCAGCAGCACCCCGAGCAGCAACAGCAGCAGCAGUAUUGUACGGGGCCAGUUCAUGGUAAUUGGUGGUGCGUGUGACGACAGUGGCGCGGAGCCGUUGGACGAUUUUGCGGAGGAGUUGUCGAGCCUGACAGCGGUCCCGAACGUGUCCCUGACACCGUCGUCGACCACCAAACUGAUCUCAGCGGGGACCGGCAAACGAUUGGGCAGUGUGAGCAGUUUGUUGGAGAAGCGUAAACGAUCCCUAGCGCACAAUUCGGAUGAUGAGGUCCGCUUUCUGCUCGAACAGCAACAGCAGCAACCGACCCAGCAGCAGCAACAACAGACCCUUCAUCCACUCGCACAUCAAUAUCAUCAUCAUCAUUCGCUGCGUCAACAGCACCACCAUCACCAUCAUCAGGAGCAGCAGCUACAUCACCAUCACCAGGACGAGCUGCAGCCGGAAGAGACGCCACUCUCGGCACCGGUCAAUUUUCGUACGUCACCACCUCUAGAAGCUUUAAAACCACACCGUGGCCAUAUUCUGCAACGCUCGACGACGCCACUGGUGUUGAGCGAGGGGAGCGGUGCUCCCACCGGCACCAACGGACUAUUACCGUCGGCCGGAUCUUCACUAUUGUCGUCGGCGGCUUCGUCUCUCUCGUCGCUGAGCGGCACCGGUAUUAGCGGAUUUUAUGGUCCCGGUAGCAGCAGUAGCAACAACAACAACAGUAACGGUGUUAAUGGUGGUGGUGGUGCCGGUGGCCUUCGUUUCGGUCUCGUCCGACGCACCAUUGGCUGUGAUAGUCCUUUGACUGCUGUGUGCCAUCGCAACAGCACCAAUCCGCCACUACACGGCGGUGGCGCCAGCAGCCUUGGAUCCGGUCUUAGUACAACAACUCGAACAUCAUCAUCAUCCACGCCAUCGUCACUGUCGUCGGCACCGGCCUCGCUGGUGCGGCUCGGUGCGGGCACGGGUGGCAGCCCCGAACCGAGCGGUGGCCCAACCAUAGUAACUAAUAUGGACAUCAGCCGGUCCGUUAGUCCGCCGGCGAAGAUGUUCCACUGUGCCGUGUCACCGCGGCGGCGCCAGUCUCGCCAUCAGCAGCAGCGACUGCAGCGUCCACAUAGGCCAUGCUUAGAUUUCGAUAAAAUGCAACAGCUUAAAGCACGUUCUGUGACUACCUGGCGGCACAGCAACGAGCACUCGGGUGAACUGUCCGUCUUUUGCUGGUGAUGAUGAAUGAUGAUGGCUGCCUCCACCAGUCGUGGCCAUCAGCAUUCGUCAUCGUCGUCAACAUCAGGGCGGCGUGCUG